CACAGCUGUGGAGUGGGAAUCGCUGGGUUCCUUCGAAGUUGUCAGGUAUGCGGUUAACCUUUUGGCCUCGAAGUACCGCAUCGAGGUUAACCCGUCGAUGGGCCUGCAUGUUCAUGUCGGCAAUGGUCCAGCUUGGAUGCCAUAUCAAUGGGUGAAGAGGAUGGCCAUGCUACUUUGGGCAGCUGAACGCCUUCUGAACACACUCAAUCCGCCAUCUAGAUCCUAUAGUUGGUAUUGUCCAGCUAUUCGUGACUUUAGCAAUCUUGCAAACAACGAACACCGCGAAAAUAAAGUACCACAUGAUGAUAAAGAGUCAUGGACAAUGGCCUUUGUGCGUCGUGAUCGGAUGUGUGAGCGGUACCUUGCUCGAGACAUUCGUGCGGGUGAGAGCUCAAUCACGUGGCGCGAGAUGCAUACCGACUUGACAACAGUGCGUGCAUUUGAAAAGACAAGGCAGCCGGGCCACUUAGAGCCUCUUCAAGAUGCCACUGCCCCCAUGACCGCUGGGCAGGAAUUCGAUCUAGGUGAUGAUGCCAGGGUUCUAUUAGCCGAGUACGCUCCGAAACCAGGAGCUGUCGCUCCAGCUCCCGUAUCAUCGGCUGCCAGUACAGCUGCUUGGUCGGCUACGUCAUCAGGUAAUUUAAGUCCUCACACUACUGAUGAAACAACCCCUAUUCUGCCUUUGAUGACACAAGCUGACCUUGCUCGAGGAAUCGCUGAGUUGAAAUUGAACCAGGAAAUAGGGGGGCUACGAAAGCGAUUGAACCAUUUCCCGAGAAUUGUGCUCCCGAAAUGGACUGCUGAUGAAUUGAGAGAACUCAACGAUAUAAAUGGCAUGUACACAGGUUGUCUUAUCGAACUUGAUGAGAUUGCGGAGGACCGUGGGGUCUGGUUUGGCAUCGAACAGUUGGCCGAGACUAAAGCGUCGUGCGAGGUCGCACACCUGUUGGCGGCCAGGUACCGUCCAACUUACAACUUUCGGGGGUACGAAUGCGGCAUUUCUGGUGAGCCUAUGCGCAGUACUAAGCGAACUGUUGAAUGGAGACAAGGAGCCGCGUCGAUGGAUGCAAGUUGGGUUACCACGUGGAUGAGGAUUGUGGCAGGUGUGUCACGCUGGGCAGUGUACGCGCCGGUUGAUGAGUUCUUGCGCAUAUUGAAUUGCUGUGACUAUGCUGAGAAGGGUGGCUCUUACGAUGUCCUUGACUUUCUGGAGGAUAUUGGACUCGUCGCAGAGGCGCUUGUUGCCGGACAGAGGAUUGAGGACUAUGGAUAUGACUGGGGACUGAAAUAUGAGGGUGGGCUAUAGAGAAGGAUAAGAAGACCAGACAGAACUAAUGUAAGAGGCCCGAGAAGGUUUCUAACAUAAAGCUUUAGAGUUACCUACAGAGGUUUAUUCAUUUCCAUUUUCAUUCUUU